CUUUCAAUACCGACAAACUAUCGCGUCCUAGACGAAGGGUUUCCGCAAAUUUUCACAGAUUUUAAUGGGAAAUUUAUACAUAAAAUUGACGAAUCCGAUAAAAUAAAAUCGAAACGAUUACCGUCAGUCAUUGGAACGAAAAAUCGCCGUGAUUCAUAUUUAAAUACAUUCGAAAAUUACAAUUUUUAACCGAUUGUAUUAUGGAAAUGUGAAAAUUGGUGAAUGUUUCGGUUAAGUACAUUUCCGUGACAAGUGAAUGUGCAAAGUGGUUUUUUCUUUCGUGUUAUUGUCGUAACACUGUUCGAAAUCGUACACAUAUAAUUAUCGUGGGUGAACACAGUGAGCACAACAUUGGAUUAUAUAUAAAUAACAAUACUGAAUUUACACGUUUAUUUUUGGAUUAUGUGAAAUUGAUGAAUAUUUGUGCGGGAAGUAUUCUUUUGAUGAGUGAAAAAAAAAUUGAAUUUACAAUUUGUGCAAAUUUUGUACACAGCAAUUUAUGGUAAAUUACGAAAUCUGUAACAAUUUUCGGGUGUGCAAAUAAUAUUUAACAUCAAUUUUGAAAAUUGAUUGAACCAUUUACUGAGAACAUUGUUGGAAGUUUAAUCAAGCACAAAAGGAUUAAUAUUGUUGCUCGAAAUUACAAUUUUCUCGAGUGUCUGCAUAAAUCAAUUGAUGAUUGAAAUUUAGACUUGUAGCACAUUGAUGGCGGUAAAUCUCGACAUUCAGAGAAACUUCAAGAGCCUACAUCGGUUAAUAUAAUGUAUAAACAUUUUCUGCAGUAUUAUAUUCGUGCCGUUUGACAAGCGAAAUGUGCUCCACAAUUUCUGCAAGAAAAUUUUAAUUUGUUUUACCAAGGCAAUAUCCGGAACAUAUUUUAUAGGAUUUGGUGUAUGCAAAAUAACAUGCAAAUGUUUCGGUUGUAAGCCAAAGAACAUUGGAGUUGAGAAAGGAAAAAAACAAAAAUUGUGCCCUGACAGUAUAAACUCUAAAAUAUUGUAUUAAUUUGCUGAAAGUUUUAAAUAAUUAAAAUGAGCUUAAAAAGAGUGUGUUGAUUGUGCACCAAAAAAAAAGUGAAGAAGUUCGUUGAUGUGGAUCCACCACCAUCGUUAAAUAUACAUAAACAAUAACUUUUGAUCUCAUACAAUAUUAAAUAGGUCCACAGACAUAAUACUAACAUUGAAUACAUUAUACGUAUAUAUGUGUUCAUGGCGUAACGAUGUUUAGCGUUCACAGUAAACAUAAAAUUUUAAAAUACUUUGAAAAUGUGAAAUUCUGAAAGAGACAGAAUUUAAUGCUAUCUGGGGAAAUAAAACGAAGGUGAAAAUUGUUUUUUACGAAAAGUGAAGUUGUUAAACAUGUUCGAAUUGCGUGUUAUACUUCUAUGUCUGCCUUCUAUUCUACUUGCCACAACAUUAGAACCAGAUAAUAAAUCAAUUUUGACUGACAGUGAUUGGAAGAAAUUAUGGAUGGAGGCUGGAAAUAUAAAUCCUAGUUCAAAAACCGAUAAUACUAUCGACUCGAGCGAUAGUCCUGUUUUCGAUGAUACGGAGAUGAUGGCGCAUAACACCACCGUCCAAUUAGGAGGAACUGCCUUUUUAGUGUGUAAAGUCGCCGGCGUGGAUAGAGUGGGUGUAAAUUGGAAUCAAAUAUCCUGGAUUAGACGACGAGAUUGGCACAUUCUGUCGUCUGGAGCUCAAAUGUACACAAAUGAUGAAAGAUUUGCAAUACUCCACACUCCCGGAUCAAAUACAUGGACACUUCAAAUAAAAUUUGUGCAGAGACGAGACCACGGCAUGUAUGAGUGUCAGGUUUCGACAUCAACUGGCAUCAUCUCGCAUUUUGUAAAUCUGCAAGUCGUUGUUCCCGAAGCAUUCAUAUUGGGUUCCGGAGAACUACAUGUUGAUAUGGGAUCUACAAUCAAUUUAGUUUGCAUAAUUGAAAAGAGUCCGACACCGCCACAGUAUGUCUAUUGGCAGAAGAAUGAUCGAAUGAUCAAUUACGACGAUUCGCGAAGAGACAUUAGCAUAGACACAACGCCAGGACCACGCACACAAAGCCGUCUCAUUAUACGAGAGCCACAGAUCUCAGAUUCCGGAAAUUAUACAUGUUCGGCGAGUAAUACGGAACCAGCCAGCAUAUAUGUUUUUGUAUCCAAAGGUGAUAACAUGGCGGCGAUAUCAAGAAGAAAAACAUCUUCCUCCAGCCAAAUUACACGUUUAAUUGGAAAUUUAUACGUUUAUAGUGUGCUAGUAAAUCUAUUGAUUUUCAGACUAGUGUUUUCCACUUAGGAUUAAAUUUUACCAUUUAUAUUUUUUACAUUAAAUUAAUUAAAGGUGAAUGUGUAAAUAUAUUAUUACCACUAAUGGAAAAUCAUAAAUAUAAAUAUCCCAUAGUAUGAACAAAACACUCACAUAGAUAAUUAAAAAUUCAUUCUGCAGAGAUCGCAUAUUAACCAUAAACAACAUCCAUUAAGUAAGUGAAAAAGAAGAAGAAAAAAUUAAGAAAAUAUUUAGCAAGACAUAAUAAUAACAUUAAACAAAGAAAAAAAAUUAAAAAAAAAAUUAAAAGAAAAACUAAACGAAAUCGAUUUAUGAUUAAGGUAAAUUUAAAACAAAAAUAUUUUUAAAAAUUCGAAUGUCGUAAGUAAUAAUUGUGAACUAUAAAACAUGGAACCCUUCACAAAAUCUAUUUAAAAUGGAUUGUAAACACACUAAUAUCUAAAUUUGUUGUUAAGUUUUCAUUUGUAGUCGAUUUUAAAAUGAGAGAUUACUGUUUCAAAUGAUUUUCCUCUAUAAAUCUUGUUGAACAUUUUUCUGAACAAAAACUAUUUUAUGGCAGAAAAGAAAAAUUAUUCUGAAAAAAAAAGAAAAUUAGAAAUGAAAAUGUUUAUGAAAAUGAUUGGUCAUAGCUAAUUCUAAUUUUGGAGUAAAAACAAAGUCCAAUGUCCUCGUUAACUUAAAGAAAAAGCAAAGAAAAAAAUAAAGUCUGCAAAAAUCGUAGUUAUUAUUAUAUGUAUGGUCUUACACCAUAGACACAGGGUGAAUAUUAAGAGUGAAAAAUAAGUGAUUUUAUAAGUGAUUAGUAAUUGUUGUUGAGAGACCGUAUAUAGUUUCACACGAAUACUCACCACCUCAACAAGUAAUUUGGUUGAAAAAUAGUUAUUUUCUCAACUCUGUGAUGAAGUGUAGAACUUUCGUUGGUUUAUUUUUUUUUAGAAAAUUGAUGUAUGUAACUCGAUGAUAAAUGAUUUUGAGGGACACAAUGUGUACUGUCACACUUGGCCUGCAGCCUUGAUUGACAAUUUUACCGUCUAGUACCUAAAAGAGCAUUCAUCACUCGAUGGAAAUGAGUGAUAAAUGCUUUUUAGGCACGAGAUAUGUAAAUUGUCAUUGGAUGCCGCAUGCCGAGUGUGACAAUUUACAUAAUCUGCCUAAAAAACAAUUAUCAAGAGUUAAUUGUAGGGAUUGCAUUUACCGACGUCGGUAAAUGCAGGUCAGAGCAUGCUAAUUAACGAACUAUUGCUAAUACAAUUGUCAUCUUCUUAGGAAUAUCUUUCGUUGGAGUCAUUGUCGUGAGGCAUUGUAUCAUAUUAUUUUUACCUCUGACCUACAGGUGCUAUUUACCGAAAAUUUACCGAAGUCGGUAGUUGCAAUUUCAAGUUAGUUGCAUAAAAUUGUUUUUCUCAAUAAAGAGAACGAAAGUUUUAGUUUUCGUCAGUGAGUUGGGGAAAAAAGUUGUUUUUACAUGCUUCGCGGACUAAAGUGUGAGGGAAGUUUUCUCUUGAUCUUGUCCCUUUGCAAGUAAUUUUUUUACUGUCUGAUUUUGCAAAUUGCAUAAAAUCAAUUGUCAAAGGCUAUGUUCAAAUUAUGUUUGUUCUACAUUCUCGUCUUUACCAAUUUUUCCUAUAAUUUUUUAAGGCAUAAGAUUACAAUAGGUUUUCGAUGUGUUCAGCACCCCAUUUCUUUAUGGAAAUACUUUGUCGCCACUUUUAGGCCGAAUUAUAAUUUUCUGUCCACCUACGUAUUAUUUCGGUCGUUUUUUUCUCAAUUAUGUCGAAUUUUUAUCGCAGAAUAUGAAAUGGAAUGGAAAUUUCUACCAUCAAACUGGCAAACAGUCAAACUAUAUAAUUUUUUAUGUAUACAGUACAACCACCAUGCAAAAGUUAUUUACGUAAAUUAGGGUAAUUCAAACAAAUUAACUGAAGCGUGUGUGUGUGUGUGCAUUUUUUAAGGUGUAGUCUUCAACCCUUCUAUAUUUAAAUACUAACCACUCUGUUUCCAAAUUGGAAAUCAACUGUUGAACUCCCGGAUCGUCUAGUCGAAUUGUAUUUACCGAAUGAGUGACUAACGAUUGCAAAUGAAUAAUAAAUUCAUUGAUGUGACACGUGUAUACAAGGUAUGAACUGACGAAAUAUUGUAAAUUAGUUUUAAAUGAAUCUUCGUCUCACUGAAAAUACUCCACCGUCAUUAUUUUCGUCGGGUCAUAUUUCAUCUAAAGAUAAUUUCGCCGAAUAAAUAUCAUAAAACGUAACAUAUCGUCUGUUGGAGCCAGUGUGCAUGUAACGUACAUUACCUUCAAACAAUAUAGCUUUUCAGACUCAAAUCGGUCGUUAAUCAAAACGUGUUCCAUAUAAAGCGUCUGCAAAAAUGAGUUCAGAUUUUCAAAAUGUCUUAUGUGGUGGAAAAAUGACUGAUAGCCGAGAAAAGGGAUGGGGGUAGGUGAUUUUGCUGUAAUCGAUCAAAUUGUAAUCGGGAGCAUUCUGAAUGACCAAUUUAACGAAAAAAUGUUGUCUAGAGACAAACAUUUAUGGUUGCAGAAUUAACAGCAUCAGAAUAGUUGUCUCAAAAUAUUCGAGCAUGUAAAUGCCUCAAAGAUUAUGGUAUCUAAUGGAGUGCCAGUAUUAUGCUCUUAAAGUCGAAUUGAAGUUCCAUACAUCCCAGCUAUGCAUGGAAUUUUCUUUGUCAGAAUAACGAACAUCCCAUGUUCCAUUAAAUUUUACCGAACUCUAUGAUAAAACGCACGAUAGAGUAGAACUAUAUUGAGUAUGCAAAUUAUUCCAGACAAAAAUUUUGUGUUUACUUCUCAGUUUUCACACACAAAAAAAAUUGCAUUUUAAAUGAGUCAAAGAACUCAAACAAUUCAAGUGAAAAAUAUUUGUUUUCGGUAAAUGAAUGUGUUGACGAAAACAGUGUCAAUUUCUAUUUUUCAAAAUAUCAACGUAAGAGACUAGACGUUUUAUUUUGUCUACCAUCAAGCAUAAUGUGAAACAUUGCGUUCGUUGUUGAUAUUUUGUUUAUCUGGAACUGGAGCAUACAUAAUAACCGUGGAAGUUCAGUCUUGUUCCAAGAACAAUUUGUUCCAAGAACAAUUUGUUCCAAUCUUAAACAAAUGCUGUGUGAUCGCACAUCACGAAGAAUCGUUUUAGGUUGUUUUGAGUGUAUUUAUCUUGUAUUGAAGAGUUGUUUUCGUACUCGUUCCAAGCGUGGCUUUAUCCAAACGUAGCCCAAAAACUUCUACACCUAGUGCAAUGUACAACAAUAUACCACAUAAAAUGCAAAUUCCACACAUAAAGGGUACGACCAUAAUAUGGGAUGAGUUAGCGAAGCAUUUUCAUAUCACAAACUAAUGCAUCUUGUAAAACAGGGAAGUGUAAACUUGAUUCUUAGUGUGUAAAUUGUUAAAAUACUAAACAUCGAAGGUGGGUACUAUAUUGUCACGUCCAUUAGUUAAAGAUGUAGCUGUUUCUGCGGUGAAAACUUGUCGGUGACAUGAAUAUUAAAGUAGAGAUUUGUGCCGAACGAAUAUGCAGUUAUCGGAAUGCAUAUUUCACCUGGAAGUAGUCUUCAUGACGACUGGAAUUUUAAAAAUCAUAACAACAUUUCAAGACAAACUUUAAUCGAAAUUGCUGAACAGUCUAAGUGAAAAUUACAAUGUUGCUCGUUACAUCAAACCAUUUUCGGUUCUGCUAAAAAGAAACCGCAAGCUACUCACAACUGCAGAGAAGAGGAUUCAAUUAUGAACAUAGACGUUCCACUUUCUUACUGACCCAGUAAAUUCCGUGGUAAGACUGAAUCCCUAGCUUUUGCAAAUGCUUGUCAGUAAAAAACGAAGAAAAUGUUUGGGGAACAGUCGAUAAUAACCUUAAUUAAGAAUCAGCGUCGAUGAACGUGUAACUUGCGAAAUAAUUCGAAACUUUCCGUUCACUCAUUCCAUGAAAUAUUUCGAAAAUGUUUCGCGCUGUGAUGAAAAGUUGAGGAAUCUGUUGAAAUAUGUUGCAAACAUCAGUUAUAAUCACAUUUCAGCUAGUACACGGACGGAAAGCGACCAUAAACAACAAAUUAGUAAAAUGACAUAAACCGUGCUCGAACAGUUUUCUUCUCCAACCCAGGAAGCACUUCAUUUUAAUAAAAUUUAUGAAGAAACUUUCAAAAUUAUUACACAUAAUAAACAAGUUAUUCACAAGAAGCAAUUUAUUUGCAUAAUUUUAAACGGAGUCAACGUGGGCGAUACUCCCGAAAAGGCACAGUCAUAAAUUACGAGCCAGAUAAACAUUGAAGCAUUUCAACACGUUUUCCUCGUUUGUAUUAUCACACAAAAGUAUUGUUAUAUUAAUACACCGCCGUGUCAUCAUCCGCAUGAAUACGUAAUGUGUAGUGAAGGCUUCAAUACAUAUAUAUUCACAUAUUAAUCUCUUGAGUCUUGUUGAGUCCAAAAAAAUAAGUAAUAAAAGUAAACUAUGCGAAAUUCGGCUUUGUUAACCGGAAGAGCAACAAAAAUGUUUUCUUUCUUUACGUACAAAAGCGGCACAUAUAAGUGAGUGAGGAUGAAAGCUUACCUUUCAUUUCGUUCGUUCAAAUACUUAUGAAGACGAUAAUUCAUUCCAAUUCUUCGCCUGAGCACAUAAUUCAUUUUCGGGGAACUGGCGACAUUAUACAUUGAGUAUAUGAGGAUACAAUACCUACCAAAUGAAGCGGAUUACACGUAAAUUGUUACAAAGCGAAGUAAUUUAAAAAAAAGAAACUUUAACUUUAAAAAGUAUCGAAUAUCGUGAAACAAGGAAGCUUGCACAGAAUUUAUGAAUAGAUGUACGGAAAGUAAUAAUGUGGGAUAAUUAUUGCAGGCAGGUUGUUUUCACCGAAAAUUUGUGUGCUUAAACAAUAACGUUAACUACAUGGUUGCUUUCAGCUGCGAAUUGUGUUUAUUAAAAUGAAAAUUUUUUUGUUGUCCCCCAAUUUUGUGUGCACAACACAAACUGAAUGUUUCAAAACGAAGCACACGCGUUAGUACAAUAGCACUUCUCGGAUAUUAUUUUACUAACGAUGGAAUGAUUUUUUUUUCUCGCAUAUAUUCGUAACGUAAUAUGCAAAUAGCAAAGUUCUUAAUUUUCCGAAAAGUUAGACGAGAUCGUUAUAUAAUGUGCUUGUGAUAUAGAAUGCAAAACCAUGUUUACCCAUAUGGAUAGAAUACUUUUCUGAAUAAAAUAUUCGACAUUAAAUAUACACACACACUGCUUAUACGUUCUUUCGUAUAAAUGAAAAUUAUAAGCCAGAGAGUGUAUGAUAAUACACAAAGUCUACUGUUACAACAUUUUCCAGUAGCUUUUAGUUAUGAGAGGAUGUUUUCCCGCCUGUUUUAUAUUUAAUUUGAACUUAUGAAAAUUGCCAUGAUGGAUGGAUAUUCGUUUGUUGUGUUGGGCUGUGCUGUGUAUCAGUUGCAUUAUUUAAUAAAUGUUGUUCCUAAUGAAUGUAUUGGAUUCAGAACAAUGGUGAAUGAUCAAUACGGUACGCAGAAGAGCAUACAUAUGAGACCGUAACGAAAUGGUAAGCAUUGUAUUACCUGGAGAUCGUUAGAGCACAAUGUACGAUAUGAAUGGCGUUUUUGGGAUUUCGAAACAAAUUAUUCAACAAUUUCGAGAACCUUUCUUCAUAUUAAUUUGAAGAUUUGUUUGAUUUGGAUCUGAAGGUUCUUACGAGUAAAAGGCUCUGAACUUUUGAAACACAUGCGAAACACAUGCGUCACCAAUUCAAUAUCCUGAAGUGUUUCUCGGUUCAUACACAAAUAAACAGAACGCAAACGGUGAACAAACUCAAUGGGAAGACUGGUGUCAUUGUACCGUCUCUCAUAAUUAUAUCCGAGCUAACUAAUUAUUUAGACAAACUGCAUUGAUUCACAGAAUUAUUUCCCAGAAUAUCCGACUCCAAAAGAAAUCAAUAUCAGGCGGUACUUCUGCCUUCUUGUGUUUACAAAAUGUAUAACCAACAGUCUCUCGAUAUAAUGGGUUUAACGAACGUUGCAUGCUAUGUUUAUAUCAGUAUAAUAAUAUACACAUCAUGUGUGGGUAUGAAAUUCCAUAAGCACUUUAUUGAUUGAAGCCAUCUUUAAUAUUUACUAAUAAGCUUUCGGUUGACAAAGGAACUCCAUGAUCGUUUCCUGGAAUUUAUACUCUCAUGGUAUACAUAUGUUGAAGCUUAAAUCCGACGUAUAAAGGAAUGAGCAUUUCUGGUUGUAACAAUCGAAAUAUUUCAAAUUCCUUGUCUAAUGGCACACCUAUCAAUCAAAUACGGUAAAAAUUAUAAAUUUAUGGCUGAGCGAUGGAAACGAUUGAAAGUUAAAUUUUCAAUUCGAAUUUGAGCUAAAUUUUUCAGUAACAAAACUGUUCCAGUCCGACCAUUAUGUAUGUGGGAUGGGUGUGUACGUGCACAAUACGUUACAGACCGAAUGUGUAGACUUACUUAAAUGUUAAAGCCACUUAACCAGUUUUCUGAUUGAAAUUGAGUGUUUUUGUUUUUGUGAGGAAUCGAUUUUCUAUUUGAUUGAAACAGUUCGGUUACGUUGAAAGGCUACGUUUAACGGCUAUAAUGAAGAAAACAUCCGUUACGGAAGAAAAUUACAUGUUAUUAUCAAAAAAUCCAGGCUAUUGUCUAAAACUCGUGUAUACCAUAACCAAUUUAAGUAGAUAAAAUAUAUAUGAAAAAACCUACACAUAAAUGACUAUUACCGUGUUAUAAUAUUAUAUGAUAUGAUAUGAUAACAUAAAAUAUAUAUUUUUAAAAAUUGUGAUAUAAACCUCAAUAUGAAUGAGUAUAAUGAGAUGGUCGUACGUAACAUUAUAUAUAUUUAAAACAAAUUCAUCAGAAAGAAAUUUAAACUAAAUCCAAAACUGAAAGCACGUUUCCAUAAAAAAUAAAUAUUUGUUCAAGAUAUAAAAACCAAAUGUCUCGUGAAAAUCAAGUUGUUAUUUUUCUCAAACUCCAGAAGUGUAUAUUAGUUCAAAUCAAUUUUAUAGUAUCUGACAAUCUAACAUAAUUGUUAUUUUUCUGUGUGAAAUACUACCAUAUUACAGGUUAAUGUUGGUCGGGUUGUUUAGUGAAAUGAAGAGAAAUGAAUUAUCUAUUAACUAUUAACAAUGAAAAAGAUGAAAACAAAAAAUUAUUAAAAGAAAUAAAAAUGAAAAAUAUUUAAAUGAAAAAUGUAAAUUAAUUGUAAAUGGAAAAAGUAUCAAAAA